CCAUCGAAUCUGGCAUAAUGUUUCAUAAUAAACACUAAUUAUAUCCACACUCUCUAACGCGUCCAUAUGCAGAGUGGAGGCACAAUACUGGGGUCAAGCGAUACUAUACAUUUCGGCUAAAUUCGUUGAGUGGGAACUUUUAGCAUUAGCUAGGCUAGCUAACGUGCGAACGUUACGUGGCUUAAAACAGAUAGCUACUAGAUAGUUUAGCUAGUUAACUAACUACAGUGUUUACUAGUUAGGGGGUGCUGCGGCGACAAGCAUCCUCUGCCAAGUUGGCACGUCAGGCAUGCUAUCUUUCAGUGACAAACAUGUUUUCUUAUUUACUUGUUCGUAUAGCUACUCAACUAGCUGCGAAUGCUUGUUUGUUUGACACGUUGUCGCAGGUUGUGCUUGGUCAACAUGAGAUUACACCUUGACCUCGCCAAGACUGACCAUGAAGAGAAGUCGGCAUCCAAGCAGCAGUGAAGAAGACUCUGAUAAUGGAAGUAACUCCACUUCCUGGUCCCAACAUUCUCAACCCAGGAGAGCCAAUUGGAAGAAGCCCUCAGAAGUGUUCAGGACAGACUUCAUCACGGCCAUGAAGCUCCAUGACACGUACCAACUGAACCCUGAGGAUUACUACGUCCUGGCCGACCCCUGGAGACAGGAGUGGGAGAAGGGAGUCCAGGUCCCUGUCAGCCCUCACACCAUCCCCCAGCCUGUAGCCCGGGGAGUGGCUGAGCGGGGGAUGGAGGUGAUGUUCUCGACGCCUAAAAAGUGGAUCCGUUCGGGGUGUUCAGGGGCGCUGGGGUACGUGGACAUCCAGACCCUGGCUGAGGGGACGUGUCGUUACGACCUCAACGACACUGACGUGUCCUGGCUGGAGCUCAUCAACCAGCAGUUCACUCUGAUGGGCAUGGUGCUGCUGGACGAGAUGACCAUGGAGAGAGUGAUGGAGGAGUUUGAGAGGCGUUGCUAUGACAGAAUGAGCCAUGCCAUGGCAACGGAGGAGGGGCUUGGCAUGGAGUACGACGAGGAUGUGGUGUGUGACAUCUGUCGGUCACCUGACAGCGAGGACAACAACGAGAUGGUUUUCUGUGACAAGUGCAACAUCUGUGUUCACCAGGCGUGUUAUGGGAUUCUGAAGGUGCCAAAGGGAAGCUGGCUGUGUCGGACCUGUGACCUCGGCAUCUCGCCAAAAUGCCAACUCUGCCCCAAGAAGGGUGGGGCCAUGAAACCCACUCGCAGCGGAACAAAGUGGGUUCACGUCAGCUGUGCCCUGUGGAUCCCCGAGGUGAGCAUUGGGAACCCAGAGAAGAUGGAGCCGAUCACCAACAUGUCCCACAUCCCUAGUAACAGAUGGGCUCUGACCUGCUGUCUCUGUAAAGACCAGACUGGAGCCUGUAUACAGUGUUCAGCAAAGAGCUGUCGGACAGCAUUCCAUGUGAGCUGUGCCUUACAGAGCAGCCUGGAGAUGAACACCAUCCUGACAGAGCAGGAUGAGGUCAAGUUCAAAUCCUUUUGCCCCAAACACUCUGGUCUGAAGGGAGGACAGGACGGAGAGGGGGAGGAGGGAAAGGAGGGGACCAGAGACAAGAAGUGGCGGAAGAGUGACAGAGUCAGACGUGAUGAAGUUCCACCCCCCGUCCCAGCCCCCCAGGAGGAGAGCAGGGUGAACCAGCAGGCGGUGAACCUGCGUCAGAUCAAACUGCAGCAGCUGGAGGAGCAGUUCUACCAGUUUGUUGACGUUAAGGAGGUAGCCAAUCACCUGCAGUUGCCCCAGGAAACAGUAGACUUCCUGUAUCAGUACUGGAAGCUGAAGCGCCGAGCCAAUCACAGCCAGCCAUUGCUGACCCCCCAGAAGGAGGAGGAGGAGAGUCUGGCUAGGAGAGAGCAUGAUGUCCUCCUUCACCGCCUACAGCUGUUCACUCACCUCCGCCAGGAUCUGGAGAGGGCGCGUAACCUGACCUACAUGGUGACGCGGAGGGAGAAGAUAAAGAGGACUCUGUGGAGGAUCCAGGAACAGAUCUUCACUCAUCAGGCCGAGUUGCUGGACCAUGAGAUCAUCAACGGUACGUCACGGGUAGGAUUAGGCUGGUUGUCACGGGUAGGAUUAGGCUGGUUGUCACGGGUAGGAUUAGGCUGGUUGUCACGGGUAGGAUUAGGCUGGUUGUCACGGGUAGGAUUAGACUGGUUGUCACGGGUAGGAUUAGGCUGGUUGUCACGGGUAGGAUUAGGCUGGUUGUCACGGGUAGGAUUAGGCUGGUUGUCACGGGUAGGAUUAGGCUGGUUGUCACGGGUAGGAUUAGGCUGGUUGUCGCGGGUAGGUUUAGGCUGGUUGUCGCGGGUAGGAUUAGGCUGGUUGUCGCGGGUAGGAUUAGGCUGGUUGUCGCGGGUAGGAUUAGGCUGGUUGUCGCGGGUAGGAUUAGGCUGGUUGUCGCGGGUAGGAUUAGGCUGGUUGUCGCGGGUAGGAUUAGGCUGGUUGUCGCGGGUAGGAUUAGGCUGGUUGUCGCGGGUAGGAUUAGGCUGGUUGUCGCGGGUAGGAUUAGGCUGGUUGUCGCGGGUAGGAUUAGGCUGGUACUUUGUGGUUAGGAUUAGGCUGGUACUUUGUGGUUAGGAUUAGGCUGGUACUUUGUGGUUAGGAUUAGGCUGGUACUUUGUGGUUAGGAUUAGGCUGGUAGUCGUGGUUAGGAUUAGGCUGGUAGUCGUGGUUAGGAUUAGGCUGGUAGUCGUGGUUAGGAUUAGGCUGGUAGUCGUGGUUAGGAUUAGGCUGGUAGUCGUGGUUAGGAUUAGGCUGGUAGUCGUGGUUAGGAUUAGGCUGGUAGUCGUGGUUAGGAUUAGGCUGGUAGUCGUGGUUAGGAUUAGGCUGGUAGUCGUGGUUAGGAUUAGGCUGGUAGUCGUGGUUAGGAUUAGGCUGGUAGUCGUGGUUAGGAUUAGGCUGGUAGUCGUGGUUAGGAUUAGGCUGGUAGUCGUGGUUAGGAUUAGGCUGGUAGUCGUGGUUAGGAUUAGGCUGGUAGUCGUGGUUAGGAUUAGGCUGGUAGUCGUGGUUAGGAUUAGGCUGGUAGUCGUGGUUAGGAUUAGGCUGGUAGUCGUGGUUAGGAUUAGGCUGGUAGUCGUGGUUAGGAUUAGGCUGGUAGUCGUGGGUAGGAUUAGGCUGGUUGUCACGGGUAGGAUUAGGCUGGCAGCCGUGGGUAGGAUUAGGCUGGCAGCCGUGGGUAGGAUUAGGCUGGCAGUCGUGGGUAGGAUGAGGCUGGCAGUCGUGGGUAGGAUGAGGCUGUUACGUCGUGGUUAGGAUGAGGCUGUUACGUCAGUGGUUAGGAUGAGGCUGGUACGUCAGUGGUUAGGAUGAGGCUGGUACGUCAGUGGUUAGGAUGAGGCUGGUACGUAAGUGGUUAGGAUGAGGCUGGUACGUAAGUGGUUAGGAUUAGGCUGGUACGUAAGUGGUUAGGAUGAGGCUGGUACGUAAGUGGUUAGGAUGAGGCUGGUACGUAAGUGGUUAGGAUGAGGCUGGUACGUAAGUGGUUAGGAAAAAAAUUGUAGACCUCCAAGUCUGGUUCAUCCUUGGGAGCAAUUUCCAAACAUCUGAAGGUACCACGUUCAUCUGUACAAACAAU